GAACUGUAUCAAAAGGCAUUGACUGUUAAAUCUGCCAUCCCUCAUCCAAGAAUCAUGGGGAUAAUUCGUGAAUGUGGUGGCAAAAUGCAUAUGGCUGAGCGGCAGUGGGCCGAGGCUGCUACAGAUUUCUUUGAAGCUUUCAAGAACUAUGAUGAAGCUGGGAACCAUAGGCGCAUCCAGUGCUUAAAGUAUUUGGUUCUGGCAAAUAUGCUGAUGGAAUCUGAGGUCAACCCAUUUGAUGAUCAAGAGGCAAAGCC